AUCGCACCUUUUUCGCUGGAGGAAGAAGAAAGUUUAAAAUGUAGGACGUCCAGAUUUUUAUUCAGACUUCAAGACAAGCUGAACACUGGGAAUCAUCAUGUUCGGCUUUAACCUGUGCGUUGUGCUCGUCGCCGUGUUUUCUCUGAGUAAAUGCAGCGCUCGGUUUGUUUACUCCUGUAAAUAUCCGCCUUCACAAUGGUGCAGCUCCGAGGACAUAGCAGCUGAAUGUGGGGUGCUGGAACAAUGCAUGAAGUAUAACUCGACAAAGGCCGCUGACAAGGUGAAAGUGAGCCUCUACUAUGAAUCUCUGUGCCCAGGAUGCAGAAUGUUUCUUACAUCUCAGCUCGUGCCAACCUUGAUUAUGUUGCAAGACAUCAUGGAGAUUGAUCUGGUUCCAUAUGGAAACGCACAGGAGACACAAGCUCAAGGGAAGUACAUCUUCACCUGUCAGCACGGAGAAGAUGAAUGUCUAGGUAAUAUGAUUGAGACAUGCAUGCUGAAUAAACUAGGCUUGGAUGCUGUUAUGGUUAUUUUCUGCAUGGAGUCGGGAAACGAUGUGCUGAAAUCAGCCCAGCCUUGUCUUGGAGUCUAUCGUCCUGAUGUGACCUGGGAUUCAAUUAUGCAGUGUGUGAAGGGCGACCAAGGCAAUAAAUUAAUGCACGAAAAUGCAGUGAAAACCGAUGCACUGAAUCCGCCUCAUCAAUAUGUGCCGUGGAUAACCGUUAACGGAGAACACACAGAUGAUCUUCAGGACAAGGCGAUGGGUUCUCUCUUCAGUCUGGUGUGCAGCUUGUACAAGGGUCAAAAACCAGCUGCUUGUACUCUAGGGCUGAAGAAGAACACCAACAAUUACUGUAUGAACUAAUCAGGGUAUCUGAAAACAACACUACUCGCGUCAGGGAUGAAGACAGUGUAUGAAACCAAAGCAAGCACAUGCUGAAAUGCAGAUUUUUUAUUUGAAUAAUUAGUUUGCUGUUGUUAUUUUUUAUAUGUACAUGAAAGUAUGCAUGCAUACAAUGUAUUAAAAGCUAAUUUCCAUUA